UGGUUUUUGCUAGCUUACAUUUUUAAGUGCUAUGCUAAUACUACUCCUCUUCACUGAGAUAGUUAGGAGUAAGUCAGCCUCGUAGCAAAAUAGAUAAAUCUCCUUCCUUGUGUUCCAAAUAAUUUCACCCAAAUAAAUUGGACCCUUAUUGAGUGGGAGCAGUUGAAAAUCUUCUGUACUUGUUGCACAAGGCCAUUUUUAGUUUUCUUGGGUUUUGGGGGCUUUUUGUUUUGUUUUGUUUUGUUUUAAAUCCCAGCAUGGUUAUGUGCUGCCAGUGCAAGUCCAACUUAUUUCUUCAGUGCCUGAGCCUUGCAAAACGGGGCUGGGAAUCACCAUCUUUCUGUGCUAUGCACGCUCAAAGGCCUCUUUGCAACCUGGCAAAGGUUUUCAGCAGCAGUUAAAAAAGCUGACAAAUCCCAGUUGUGUGGGAAGGUCCCUGAGAGGGAGGUUCUGCAGCCCCUGGGGAUGGAACAUCCUGCACUGAAACCCCUUUGCAGUGGUGUGACUUGGUCCUUGGUCUCACACCUCCUCUGACCUCCUGCCCCUAAGGGUGUUGGUGGAAAACAAGGCAGGCACCAAUUUUCUUUUUAUUUAUUGAAAUAAAAAUAUUUAGUUAUUUAUUUAUUGAAAUAAAAUUACAAGCUCGUGGUUCUGUUUAGCCUCGGUAGCCUGUUGUGUAAAUAUCUGCUUUAGAGGAAUCUUGGUUUUAAUAAAAUUCAUUUAUCUCUGAAUGAGAGGCAAACUUGGGUCUCUGACCUAAAAUACAUGAUCAUUCAGCAAUGUUAUAAACACGUGUAACCCUUGCACAGGGCAAUGUAAGAUUAUCUUCUGUGUGACCACUUUGACAGACCUUUGCUGUCUCUCCUAAAAAUGGCUUUGUCCUCUUCAGUGUCUCUUCACCUGAAAACCCCCAAGUUGUGGUUUGCAGGAAGGCACAUUCAGCCUGUUAUGUAUGAUUUUGUUUGUUUGGCAACCAUCCUUCCUGCUUCCUGCAGCAGAUGAAUAUAAUUUGGGGAAGAGAAAUGGAUGGGGAGGGGGACUAAGGAAGCCAGCUGAGUCUCCUGAAAAACAUUUGAGAUGCAGCAAAACUUCUGGGCUGUGUGAGUUUUGAAACACCACUUAUGCCCCCCUGCAAAUCAGGGGUGUGGAGACAAAUGCUUGGUUUCUAAUUGAAAGUAAUAAAGGAUUCUACUGCUAAAAGUCAGAUGCACUGAUGCUGGAGCCUGAUUCUUUCCUUUCCAACGCCCGGUGCUUCUCCUUCCCCCAGUCCCCCCUGCCACAAAUCAGGAUUAUUCAAUCCCAGUGGUGGUUUAACCAUAGCUGUGGUGGAGCAGGAUGGUUGCUUAACGAUGCACAGAAGCAUUGUGCCCUGGUUUAGGACAGGAAGUGGAGAAUGAAUAUUGUUUUGAACUUGAACUUUGUGAGCAGACAGAAGGUAAUUAUCGGGGCUGGAACUCCCCCGGGGAGAAGCUGGGGAGUGAUGAUGCUCUGUGCUUGUCAGAAACACUCUGGGGUCUUAAAUAUCUACUAGUGUUUAACGUUCUGGUUUUGCAUUUCUGCUUUUUAAUUGAUCUUCUGCUCCUCUCUUUCCUUGGCAAAUAGAGGAGGAACCAACUGGAUGUAGACUUGGUGUGCUGUAUUUAUUGAUAGACAACCUCCCGCCCUCCCUUUGCUGUGGGGCAGGACUCUUAAAUUUCUGGCUUGAUCCUGGUGUGACUUUCAGUUGUAAGAUGAACCUUUUUGGUGCUGGGUUACUUAAUGGACCCGCUAUAAUAUGGAAAAUUAACUUAAUUGAUGACUAAGAGCACAUAAUGGUAUGUGAAGCCAAUUAAUCAGAAGCUGUAAGCCACUUGUGUAGUGUUUAGCUUUAAACUAUGGAGGUUUAUCUGUCUUAUAAAGCCCCACUGAAAUGACACAAAAUCUGCAUAGUUGUGAAGUUAAUAUUUUGAGUAUCAACUUUAAAAUAAUAUAUUAUUAUUUAGAUGUUACUGACCACUUUCUAGGAAAAAAAGAGGAAAAGGUAAAUCUCUGCCUCCACUGAAUGUUUUGCUGUAUUUGAGUGGCCUGUGACUUGAGUGAGCUAAUUAAGUGGGUUUGGUGGGUUUUUUCUCUAUUUUUGCUACUACUUUACAAGUUCUUCAACAAAGAAUAGCCAGUUCAAGAUUUGACCUUUUCUUACAGAUUGUGUGGUAUUUUCUGUAGAUUUUUUAAAUGCUGUUCCCUAUUGAGAUAUUGAAACAAAGAAGGGAAAAGAUUUUUUGCUAACUUCUACCUAUGGUAGGUCCAUGAGUUUUGUUCUCAGGAAGGAAUAACUCUGUAUUUUAAAAAUACCAUUUAAAGUGUGAAAGUAAAACUACAUUAAUUCUCAAAGUGAAAUUAAACAUGUGCUAUUUAUGACAACGUGACCCUGACCAUGUUCACCAGACUAUUUUAAUCUUACAUUAAUACAGUUGUGGGAUUCCUUAUUCGUGAUGAAGUUUUAAAGGUAGUAAAAUUAAGUCACUUUAAAAGAAAAUUAUGUGAUGAUUUAUUGUAGCAGAGUAGGUGAAAUUCCUCUAGAGAUUUUAAUAUCUUCCACCUGGUAUAGAAAUGAAAAGAAAAUAUUCUCUAGCUGGUGACUAAUUUGUCACUAAUACCCAGGGGUUCCUUCAUUACAAUGCAAAGAUGUCAGUUUUAAGAGAAACGUACAGUGAAAAAACCAAGUGCAGCUUCCUGUUGGAGACAGCUACAAAAAAAGGGGGAAAAUAAAGGGCUGGAAAGCAGCCUGAGCGGGGUGAAGGAAAGCUCUAAAGCUAUCAAUCAGGGCAAAGUGCUUGGGGAAGGAUUUUACCUGCAGGCUUCGGUGGAAUUCAUUAGGACACGUUGGAGGAGGGAAGUCACUCGAUAGGACUCCAGAGGAGGAGCUGUGACACGCAGCAAUACCCAGGCUGACGCUCAGUUCCCCUCCCAGCUGCACGUCCUGAUCGUUGGAGGAGGAACUGUGUUGUUAAAAAAAUAAAUAAAGAAAAAACAAAACUCACACUCUGCUCACUGAUGGCUUUUACACUUGAUCACGGUGUUAAGUGAACUGAACCCGGGACUCGCAGCUCAGAUGAAGAAGCUUCGAGAGGUUAUCUGCGGCUGCCGACAGCUCAGACCUGGCAGCAGAGGUUCACAGGCUCUCUGCCACAUCAGGGCCUUGACAAGUCAUUUUUCCCUGCAGAAAAGCGUUCCCAUGUCCAGGCACUUGCGUGGUGUCAUCACUUUGCCUUUUGCAGCAGUAGCAGAAGUUGGACUCUGCUCCUGCCCUUCCAUUCCUGCCGCUUCCGACAGCUCGGGGUAAGGAGGGGCAGCAGGAGCCCUCACGGUGCCAGGGGAGAGUAGAGUAGGGAUUUCUCCCUCUCUUAAAAGACAAGUUGCUGACCCUGCAGCAGCAGCAGUCUUGCUUCUUGAGGGCUUUCUGGUUUACUCUUCCCCUACAUUUAGUGCAGCCCCAGAAGUUGCUCAGGAAGCGUGUUCACAGCAGAUGUCUGUGGCACAGGAGAUGAUUCAGUGUUAGGACCGCAGUGAUGGCAGAGAUUUGGGAAGGAGAAGUCAGUACAGCACCACAGAACGUACAUGUUGGAAGCAACAUGCCCAACAGCUUUGUGGUGAAGGGGGUUAUGUCACAGGGCAUGCCCUGCAGACUCCAGGCCGUGCUAACACAGUUGUGUUUCUUGCUGGUGAGUAAGAUUUGAUCUCAGCUGUUCUGUGGUUAGUUGGAGAAAAGGAAGAUUUUGUGUUCUGUCAAGAGCAGAUUGUUGGAAAGGGUAAAUUCAUGGGGUUUGCUGCAUUUCUUUCGUUUAUAGGGUGUUCUUCGAUCAGAGCUCUGAGGUGAAUAAGAAACAGUUCUGCAUUUGUGGUGGGUCGACCUUGGCUGGAUGGAAACAGCCAGGGCAGUGAUCUGGAGUGACUGCACAUCCCAUCCAGCAGGAACUGCUGCCAGAUAUAGCACCUUGUAUGAUAGGGAAGGGUGACACAGAAGGUCAGUCAGCCUUGCUUGUCCUGCCUCCCACCUGAGACCUAAAAUUAGAUCCACUUCCUCAAAAGUCUCUGAGUUGAUGGAAAAAGGCUGUUUGGGCAUCUUGUAGGCACAAAUGAUUCUGGAUGAAAAAAUGAACUUGUACUUUACUGAUGUUUGAAGACUUGAUUUUGAUGGAAAAUAAUCUAAUUGCACUUGUAUAGUAACAUGUGGCUACAUGUGCUGUCUUUUAUGUGAAUGCCUGAACAGGGGACACAUUUUUUUGCAUGUCCAGGAUCUUACAUUUCCUAGGUCUGUUUUGUUAAGAGCGGAUUUUUUUUUUAUUUUAAACUGCCAUAAAUCUGUGACUGCUCUGAAGAUGGGAAAGGCUGCUGUAGGUCACCUGUCCUCCUCCCUGUCUGUCCAGAGGCCAAGUCUCUUAUAAGUUUGGGGUUUUUUUGCGUGUAUUCUAUUAAUAUUCAUAUAUGAAAGUGUAGAAAUGGGUGAGAUGGUCAUGCCAUCAAAUGCUGAUGAUCAGCAGUCAGCUCAGGAGAGAGCUCUAUGUAAGCAUUUUUAUGCUGAACCUGACAAGGCAAAGUCUUGCCCCAAAAUAUUGUCUGCUGCUCUGCAAAGAAACUGUCAGUCCUUCAUUAAUCACUCAGGGGUCUUUUAACUGCACAGUAAACAAAACCAACCAAGGCUGCUUGCAGCCAAUUCUCUUUUGCUCAACACCUCGUGGAGAACUUGGUUUGAAACCCAAUCUAGCGAGGUGCUGCCUCCCCCAGCAGCCUCCUCUUAAUGGCCCAGCUGUCCCUUUAAUGACAGGGGUUUGUUGUGCCAACAAGAUGCUCUCUGUCUUUCCUCAAGUGGAUGCUCUUUGUGUUGAUGCAAAUACCAUUACCAGAAGAAGUAGCAUGGAACCUGCAAUCCUGUGGUCUCUGGAACUCAAAAUUCUGUGAUCAUUCUUGGCAUAAACCCUUAAAGGUUACUGUAUACUGGGGUGUUUUUUUUUUCAGCGUCACUGAAAAUCAAGCUCCCAGUUGUGUCAUGGGGUUUUUUGUAGUGUCUGAAAUGGCUGAUACAGCCUUGUGACCUUUGGGAGCACAGUUUGGUUUGUAUUCUGCAAAUUAAAUAUUAGUGAAGGAGAAGUAGCUGGGAUGUGACUUGUUGAGGUGUUUUUUCAUGUGGUCCCCUGACAGCGCUUAGAUGUUGGUGUGUAACUUAUGCAAAAGGGAAGCUGGAGUUUAGUUGCCAAAAUUUGACUUCCUUAACUUGAGAGCUGACAGAGUAUAGGUAUGCUUUGCCCUUUUGCCCUGAAGCUUUACCCUAGAAGUUACACAGCAGUUCCCAACACUGUAAAUUUGAAGAUUUCCAGGCUCACUUAAGUGCUGUCAACCAAGGCUUGUGUUCAGUCUUAAGCAUUUUUCACUUCAGUUAGGAGAGCCCAAAAUAAUCAGCUCUUGGAAAGGAAGCUGUGUUAUCCUGACGUGAGUUUAACAGAAAUAUUUCUCCCAGACUGCAAAUGUCCAAAAUACUCUGCUCAGAUUUGUUCUGCUGAAUGUUAACUCACCACGGUGAAGGUAAAUGACUGUGAAGAUAAUUUCCAUCUUUAGUUGUGUGCAUGAUUCGUGUGUGUUUUAUUGUGGAAUUCAUUUCAGUUUCUUGCCAGACUUAUAUUUUCAUGUUGCUGUGGAUCUGUGAGUGUGUAUUUCGAGGCAGCACUCGUGGGGUGAUGGCCACCAGCUCUCAUCUCCCACGAACAUCCUAAGUGCGUUUUUGAUCUGAGGAUUUUGACUCUCCAGAUACUGGCAGAUACAGAUUUAUUAUAUUUUUUUUAUACAAGGGUGAUACAAUCCAGUUGUCUUUAACAAUGUGUGUCACCUCAGAAGAGUUAAAACCCAGUGCUUAUUCAUUAAAAAGCUCUUCAGCAAGGAGGAAAAGAACCUGCCAAGCUUUCUUCAGCUCAGAAAUGCUUGCAGGUACCCUUGUAGCCAACCACUGUGUUCUGUGAUACUAAACAUCAGUGAGCAAUCUCCUGCCAGUUCCUAAAUGCUAUUUAAUUUUCUAAGUGUCUAGUAGAGUUUGUUGGCUGUUUUUAGCUGCAGUAAAUGACUGCCAAGGCGUAAGCAUGACAUGAAGUAAACCCCCAAAGUGCUUUGGUACCCCUGCAGAUAGGAAAGUGCUCAAAUACCUAGAGGAGGUAUCAAGACUUGCAGACUCAAAAGUCUGCACAAAGUGUAGUUUAUGGUUUAGGUGGGGUGAGCAUAGUCCUCAAAGCCAUGUUAAAGUAAUCUGUUGGCCAGUUAACAUCAGAAUAGUAAAAGUGGUGCCAACUUCAGCUCUCUUGGAGUAUUUAAUUGUAAUCCUGUGUUUACAGGGAAGUGCAGGUAGCUGUCACCUCAGCAAGGGACUCAUUUGGGCAGAUUGUCUUCCUUGGCAUUAGAACUACAACUGUUUCCCUGUGAGGAGAGGGACCCUCCUUAAGCAGUUGUGUUGAUAGACUGUAGGUGUGGUUUCCAGGCUGGAUUAAUCUGCCUGAGGGCUGUGUCCUCCUCAGCCUGGCUGCGUGUUCUGUCUCCUCCUCUGUGUUGGUGCCUUUGGACGUGCUGCAAGCUGGAUCCACUCCCUGAUCCAGCUGAGAGGAGAAAACCAGAAAAAAAAAAAGGAAAAGAAAAAAAAAAAAAGGCGUGUUUGGUCAGGCUUGGAACAGAUUCAUGUCACUGCAGGAGCUCGGGCUGGGCUGGGGACAGGACAGGGCUGCAUCUUUGGUCAGCAGAGAACUCUCUGAAUGUUUACAGUGAUUAGAAGCUAACCAAAUCCUGAGAUAAAUGAUGAUGCACUUCUGCAAUUACCCUUGAUAACUUCCCAGGCAACAAUUUGGGGAAGAAGUCAGUCUCCAAGGCGGAGUUGUUGAGGACUGAUCAGCUUAAUACUUCAGGCAUUUUUUUUAAAGUUUUCUUUUAUUUAUGCACUUAGUUUAUAAAAUUUCAACCCAUACCUGGCUUGAACUUCCAACAGAAUGUGCCAAGUCCUGUCCUGCUCCUUCACCUGGUUCCCAAGGGCACUCUUAGGUAGAUAUUUUUGAAAUGUGCAUCUCAAGCACAUUCCAGAGGAGGUUCUGAGCAAGAUGUGGAGUUUACUGCUGCUUUCUUUUGUAACAGCCAGAGAAGGUGGGGGGAAGUCAUGGUUAUGUGUUGAAUGAUAAGAGCUCUUGCCCCAGUUGUAGGAAGCCCAGAAUGGAUUUCCUCCAGGUGCAUUUUGUGUGUGACAUCCUUAGUGUAUAAUAACACACUGAUCCCGAUUUAAUUCCCAUUUGGAAUCUUGUCAAGUGACUUGCCCAAAAUCUAAACCCAUGUUAAGUAGGACAGUGAUGAAAACCAGGAAUCCUUAAUUUCUGGGUUUCUGAAGUCAUUGGUGCAUCACCUACUUAAAGACCUCACUGAAAUGAGCUAUAGCAACCCCAGUUUUUUGGUUGCAAUUUGGAAAUCGUAUUUUAAAAUAGCCUUAGCUCUUCCUUUCAGUAGGGUUGCUGGGACUGACUGACAAACUAUUUUAAUUACUGAAUGUAGAUUAUAUAUACACAAGAAAAACUUCUCUCUGACAAAAGCAUAUUACAUCUUGGCUCUUAGUGCUUACCAGCUCAACUUAAAUUUCACAGCUUGCUGCCAACAGCUGCCUUACAAUGACACAGGGCUCAUAAUAAAUGAAAUUUCAUGAAGAAGAAAAAUGAAAACUUUGUUCCAGCUGGAUUGUAAAGCCGGUUGGAGCAUUUCUACGCUGCAUGUAAAGCUGCCAUCCACAUAAACAUUGCAAAUUACUUUUUCAUUUUUAAUAAUCAGGAUAAGACCUUUCCUUUACUAUUGAGGCAAGCGUUGGGGUAUUAGAACCAUACAAUUUCAUUCAAAGCCCAUUAGUUAUUGAAUCCUGUCCAGAGUAAAGUGUUUGGGGUGUUUGGGGAGAAGCUCACCUUCCAGUUUCAGGUUUUCAGGUUUCUGACAGCCUUGGAUGAGGACCCAGCUCUCGGAGGGGCGUUGGUCACGUCACUGGCUCUCGGAGCUGGUGCUUGUGUGUUGUUGAAAGCCCUGCAGCUGGUGAGUGCCUGCCCUGCCUACCAACAGGAACCUCACUUGAAUUAUCACACACCCUCCCUGCACAUGGAAGAGAUUAAUCCUCACAGCCACAAACAGAAUGAGUGCUUUGUACUUAGUACCAUAAUGUAAGUUCACGCUGAAAUGCAGUGCCAGUAACCAAGCCCUUCACCAAUAAAUUCACAGCUCUAAUAACCAUGUGUUUUUACAGCAUCCUGAUCCUGGAGGAUCAAAGAAACGUUGAUUUAUUUAGCUUUGGGUCCCAUCCCCUGUUGUUCUCGCUCCUUCCCCUUGCUCCCCAUGAGCUCCAAAGAGCCAUAGAUGAGAUGAAACCCAACUGUGGGGGUGUAGUCCACAGCAGGGAGGGACACUCUGCAAAACCACAGCAAAGAGCAUUUCAGCCAGCAGAAGUGACAGGCAGUGCUGUGGGCAGACAGAACAAAAACACUAAAGCCUGCUUUGGCCAGGGGUCAACAUCAACCUGUCUAAACUUCUUUGAAGUUCUUUAAAUGAUGAUAAAUGGAUUAAAAGUUUAAAAAUUCAGCGUUUAAGAAAAUUACCCUGUUUACAACUUUGCUGCUGUGUAGAAAAGUUUAUUAAAGACAGAACUGAUCUGUCCAAAACCUGGUUGAGGAUGCAGCUGGCAGUGUUAGUUCAAGACACUGAAGCUGAGAAGUGUUGGCAUGAGUGCCUGAUGAGGGAGUUAUGCAUUGCCAGCAGCAGAAGUUGUGUCCUUUAGUUGGGUAAAGGUGAACAAUGCUCUCAAGGAGCAUCACUAGCCUGCAUCUGAGCUGUUCCUCUGUAAAGGCCCCUUGUCCUGGUGCAAGUGUGUGCUAAGACAUUGUGUAACAUCUCUCCUAAGUAGUCCCUGGGAGCUGUUGGGAUUUUUACCUUCAGGGUUUCCAGAGUUGUAGGACUGGCUGAUGUUCCUUGUCAAAAGGCAGACUCAAUACAAGAAGGUUUCCAAAAACUUGACAGAACUAUUCAUUGUGCAGUACUGAAAUUACUUUGCAAACAGGUGUUUUAUUGGUCAGACAGUAUUUGGUGCUUGUUGAUCACAGCAGCAGGUAGAGUUCCAAAACCUACUCUGAAUGUAGAUGUAAUAAAGUGCUUCUUGCCUCAGAAUAUUUAUUUCUCAUGACCAGAGAUAGAACACUGUGGACACAAGAUACAAAUUACCAUGACCAAGUCAUUAUUUUGUUACGAAAUAAACCAAAUGUUUGGGGUUUGCCUCUGAAUUACAAAGCUUUGGGAAAGCUUAAUAAUUCCUAGUGGCUGCAUUCUGUUUUUAAGCCUACAAAUCCUACUCCUGACUAAAAAAAAAAAAAAAAAAUUUUUUAAAAAGAACCUGCAGUUGAGUAGCUGCAUCUUUCACUGUUUAAAAUAUUUUUCCAUCCCAUUUCAGACAAUUAGAGAUUGCAGCCACUACUUGAAGCAGCAUAAAUUUUUGUUACCAGCAAGAGUUCAGAAAGUGUUUUGGGGAGGGAUGGAGAAAUGACAUGUUUUUAUGUUCAAGACUGUGUUUUGUAGGUGUUUUUGGAAAGAGAAGGUCCAACAAACAUUUGCUGCAAAAACCGUCUCUACUUUGUGUCUUUGUGGAUGAGAAUGGCAGAAUUAUGUACAUAGGUCUGGUUCUAGAGGGAGAAUAAUUGUUGGAAGUGUUUAAAAAUAAGAAUGAUUGAAUAGCUAAAACUGUUCCUGACAUAUAGUACAAACCUUUUUUUGACAUUUGAUCUAUACUGUUCACAGAUCUUUUAUAUACACAGAGGGAUUUACUGCUUUGUAAUCAAGCUGCUGAAGGAAAACGUCCUUUUACUCACUGGGAAUGACUGAAACAAAUUAAAAUGGUUUCCCAUUAGCCUUCCCUACUUAGCUGAACCACUUAAAAUUACUUUGGACUUUGCCCUUGUCCGACCUCCUCACCUUUGCUCAAACAUUUCUGCUUCCAGGAGUGCAGCACUGUUGGUCCUGGAGCCUUGCUCCUGUGAUGGAAGUUCCAGCUCACUCCAGGCUGGAAGCAGAGAACCAAAGCAGAGCCCAGAGUCAAAAGAAAUGUUUAGUUUUCAAAGCCUCGUGCUCAGCAGGUGCUCUCUGCCAUCACAGGUAGUGCCAGGAGCUAAUUGUGGCUUGAUUGCAUGCAUAUUUUUCAGUAAGACUGUGUGCAUGCAGAUGAAGAUAGGUUGUUUCAGUUUAAGGUGGGGUUUUUUGGAUUUUUUUUUUAUUGCUCCUGUGAGGUUUCUGUGGAAAUAAUGGCUUUACCAGCCUGUGGACAGAACUGUAGACUUGAAACAACCAAACCCGAGACUUGUCUUAGCAUAGAAGUACCUUUAAAGUAAUGUAUAUAAAACUUUACAUAAAGUAUGUGCAAAGUUCUCUCUUUCUCCUGUUUAUUAAAUACAACCAGAGUUACACAUGAUUUACAAAACAAACUGCAGGCUUGAAGCUUGUCAUAUGUACAAGUCUUGUUUUAUAACUGACACUGCCCUGGUGCUUAAUGCUGGGAAACACAAGCUGAUUGCAGAUGUUGCUUGAAGAGGAAAAGCAUAUCCUGUAUGUCAUUGAUCAGAGUAAUAAAAUGAUACCUGGGGGCAGCUGAGCUAUCACUGGUGUCUUCUGGUCAAGAGGAUGCUGGGACUGGGGUAAUUUGAGGGGUCAUAUUUUUGAGUUUCUGGUGCAUUGUACAGCAUAGGGAGUGUCUGGCAAAGCAAUGAGGAAAACUACUGAAGUUUCUGAGACUAUAUUUGGAAUUCCUACUCGUGUGUUUUGAGCCCUUGGGGUGCCAAGGGCAAUAUUGUGAGCAUUUGAAAAAAGGAAACAUGUUCCCUAGUUUUGCAAUUGCUGGUGUGCACUUGCAUCCUGGGAGGAAAGCAGAGCAAGCAGAGUGUUUGCCCAGUGAGGCUUGUCUGUGUUCCAAAGCACACUCUGGGCUUUUUGCAUAUGAAAGUAUGCAAGAAUUCAUAAUCUGACUCUCUGUAUUAUUUGUGUGUGCACAUAACCUGCAGUCCAUUACAGAAAUCCCUGCUGCAGCUCUGCACUCUCUGGGAGUGAGGUGGAGUUGAGAGCGGCCUUAGCAAUUUCGGGAGGUUUCGUACAAAACCACCAGCUCAGAAGAGCUUAUCGCUGGUGAGAGAAGGAUCUCUGGCAUUUCAUAAAUCACCAGCAGUACUAACAUGCUGUUUGGAGAUUUGUAUCAUUAGCAAAUCAGUCAUGUUCAGGAACACUCCCGUAGCAGUGUUGGAUGGGACACUGGCUCUGCAACGCCUGCCUGCCAAAUCAGCUGCAGGGAGAGGGGCCUGGGGAUGGAAUGGGAAGUGGAGAGGAGAAGCCAGGCUCAGCUUUCACAUUACCUCAGUGUUGUCCUUGAUAGAAGUCUUCAAAAGUGCCAGCCUUUAAAAAACAUUUAACCAAAAUGACGGUGAAAAGCUUCUUAGCACCUUGCCUUGCUCUUGGCAGAAUAUGAGGAUGGAGUGAUUUAUGGUUAUGAUAUCUUUAGUUUCUCUCCUCGUGAGAAAUAUCCACAGAAGUCUUCUUGGUUGCCUCCCAAGCUCUGCUGUCCUCCAGCCCUGCAGUGCACGUGGUCAUCAGGCUGCUCUGAUGCUGGGAGGAGUGGAGAUGGCAGGAGGUGCCACAGGAAAACCCCCUUUGGGAAUGAAAUUCCCCUGAAUUUCCACCCACCUGAGCACUCCUGUCAAAAACCAUAGAGCUUUUCUUGGCACAAACUCGCGGUUUUGGUGUAACUGAGGGUAAUUUUGCCAGCCUUUCUAGAAUUUCAUUUGUGUACUCAGUUAUUAAUAGAUUCACGCAGUAUUCACAUAACUCUGGUUUUCCCUUGAAUUCACUGAACUUCAAAUGUGAAUUCUAACCCCAAUUAGCAGUAUUUGCCAUGUGCUGCAGUCUCAAGUACAUACUUAGAUAUAAGUUUCCUUACAGCCAGUGAUGCUGUUUAUCCUGCUGCUUCUCUGAUGUUAUCUCCUCUUCCCCUUAAAAAAUAAACAUACACAAGGAAGCAGAAAAGUGUUGGGCUGUUAAGUCGUGCCAGUUUUCAGUUGCUGGCUGUUGCCUGUAAAUUCGGUUCCAUAGCAAUGCAAAAGACCAACAGAACCAUUCUGUAUCUAGAUAUUUGGUAAACUGACUUGUAUGUAGCCUUUAUCUGGCUUUUUUUUUUCUGUUUGUUUGGGUUUUUUUGACUGCUCUUUUUUUAUUAACCAAAUUGGAAUGCUUCCUCUAGAAAGCAAGGCAACUAAUUUCAGCAUCCUGGAGUCAGGAGUGUAUUUUGGGUGUUGCCAUACAUUGCAUUUGUCUAGAGGCCACCACUGGACUCAUUCAGUGUUCUGGUGUAAGUCAGAUAACUACUCUUAAUGACUAAACCCACGGUAUAAAUCUACUCUGCUUCCAGACAGCUGUUAGAUUAGUUCUCUCAAUUCUUCUGCUGUGCCAGUGGAGGCCAGCAAGUUUCAGAUUUAAAUGCUUUUUAAUGCUUUGUACAGCACUGGACACAUUUUAUGGAGCUGAGUAGGAGAUAUGCUAUAUUGUGCUUAAUAAACUACUCUUUAAAAUAUCCAUGAUUCAGCUGCUUGCCUGGAAAAAUGUAUGCUCAGCUCUGAGAAAAAUCUUAACUCUUGCAGCUCUCUGUCAGGCUGCUUUGCUUAAAACCUGGACUUUAGCUUAGGGUGUGUGUACAUGCUUUUAGAGGCGUUUUUCCCACAUAUUUACUGGGAAAGUGGUGUGUGACAGGACAAGGAAAAAGUUGCCUUUUCCAGUUAGAUGGUGUUAACCUUUCCCCAACAGGCCAGCAACUCAAGUUCUUGGGGGCAGUCCACGAGAAUGAGAGGGAAACAGAUGGAGUGUAAUUCUAGCAGAAACCUACCUUGUUUGUUUAUGAGUUUUGCUGAACGUUUUUGUGGGGUUUGUUUGCUUGGUUUUUCCUCUUAUCCAGUGCACAGAAAGGAACAGAGAUUGUGUUUUUUUCAGUAGGACUCCAUAACAUUUCAAAAGGCUUUUCUCAGGCACGUGUCCCAGGAGCUUUUUACUUUUGUGUCACACGUUCUUCUGAUUUUGUGUUAUCUUCUCACUGAUCUGUGUCUUUGUGAGCUUCCUCCCUGCUGACACCUGCACGUGAACACUGAGGAAGUCGUUCCUGGACCAGUUUUAGAGGUGGAGGUUCUGGCACAGAGUUACCAGGUUUUCUGUGAAGAGGGAUGGACUGGUGAUCCCAAGGGUAUAAGGAAAUGCUAGAUCUAGUGAUAUCACCCAGUCUGACUGUAAAUAGAGAGUGCCCUGACAGACUGAAGCUUAACCUUUCUCACAUUUAUGCCACGGCUCCAGAUGACAUAGAAGGUAAGUCAAAGCAAAUUUUUCAUAGGGAAUUUGAAGGGGAGUCAGGCAGCAGCAAAGCAGCACCACAGUGUCCUCUCCAUCUGUACACCACAAAACAUUAUCCCCAUAUAGUGACCGUCCCAUCCUUCCCAGCAAUGGCAGCGUACGGACAGGCUCAGUACAGCACGGGAAUCCAGCAGGCUGCUGCCUACACUGCCUAUCCUCCUCCAGGGCAGCCCUAUGGAAUACCCUCCUACAGCAUUAAAACAGAGGACAGCCUGAGCCAUUCCCCGGGACAGAGCGGCUUUCUCAGCUAUGGAUCCAGUUUCAGUGCCCCGACGGCGGGACAGGCCCCCUACACGUACCAGAUGCACGGCACAGCAGGGAUUUACCAGGGAGCCAAUGGCCUGACAAAUUCUGCCGGAUUCAGUGCUGUGCAUCAGGAAUAUUCAUCCUACCCAAGCUUCCCUCAGAGCCAGUACUCCCAGUAUUACAGCUCGUCCUACAACUCUCCCUACGUGUCUGCAAACAGCAUCAGCCCCUCGGCCAUCCCCACCUCCACCUACUCCCUGCAGGAGUCUUCUCACAACAUCACCAGUCAGAGCACAGAGUCACUCCCUGGGGAAUAUUCAACAACACCAGCAAAAGAUACAGAAACAGAGAGACAUCACAGAGGGUCAGAUGGCAAAGUACGAGCCCGGUCAAAAAGAAGCAACGAUCCUUCCCCUACUGCUGACAGUGAGAUUGAGCGCGUGUUUGUGUGGGAUUUGGAUGAGACGAUAAUCAUUUUUCACUCCUUACUCACGGGAACCUUUGCAUCCAGAUAUGGGAAGGACACCACGACAUCCGUGCGGAUUGGUCUUAUGAUGGAAGAAAUGAUCUUCAACCUUGCAGAUACACAUCUGUUCUUUAAUGACCUGGAGGACUGUGACCAGAUCCACAUAGAUGAUGUAUCAUCAGAUGAUAAUGGUCAGGAUCUCAGCACGUAUAACUUCUCUGCAGAUGGCUUCCACAGCUCCACUGCCAGUGCAAACCUGUGUCUGGGCUCGGGAGUUCACGGGGGAGUUGACUGGAUGAGGAAAUUGGCCUUUCGCUACCGUCGGGUGAAAGAAAUGUACAACACCUACAAAAACAACGUGGGGGGUUUAAUAGGAGCUCCUAAGAGGGAAACCUGGCUGCAGUUGAGAGCAGAACUGGAGGCGCUGACUGAUCUCUGGCUCACACAUGCUCUGAAGGCGCUGAAUUUGAUACAUUCCCGGCCCAACUGUGUGAAUGUGUUGGUCACCACAACUCAGCUCAUACCAGCUCUUGCUAAAGUGCUUCUCUAUGGACUGGGCACUGUCUUCCCCAUUGAAAACAUUUACAGUGCAACAAAAACAGGGAAAGAGAGCUGCUUUGAAAGGAUAAUGCAGAGGUUCGGCAGGAAAGCCGUGUACGUUGUAAUAGGAGACGGUGUUGAAGAGGAACAAGGAGCAAAAAAGCACAACAUGCCCUUCUGGAGAAUCUCUUGUCACGCUGACCUGGAAGCUCUUCGGCACGCCUUGGAACUUGAAUAUUUGUAGCAGACCCCAACAUCUUAGCACUGGGAGGGCUUCACUCAGACUAUUACAGCGGUUCCACCUAUUCCUCAGCAUUUUCUCAGUUUAAAAAGAAAAAAAAACAACAAAAAAAAAAAUCCCACAGCAACUGCAGUUUUUCUUUUUUUUGAAGGAGAACCCUUUCAGUGGAAGCCUUUAAGAACUUGCAGCCAAAGAACAUUGUCUCAAGUCCUCCUUCCUUUGGACAGAGGAAAAACCUUCUGCUCAGUCGCUGGGAUGCUGCAGUUGCUGGCUCAGUUGGAGGCACAGAGCUCUAAUGGCCUUUUUGCCAUCAACAACAAAUGCUACAAAGUCUGGCCCUCCCUGUCAGCUUUCUUGGUUUUGAAAGGGGAAAAGGACACAGCAAGGAGUCUCUGCACAGUCCAUGACAUCAAAUGGGACCUUCUGAAAAUAAGAGUGAAACUGUUGAUUUUUUUUUUCCUAUUUUUUUAAUUUAUGAACUAAUCUCAUUACUCUGGUAUUAAGCUCUGUACCUGUGUUUUUAAUCUGGCUUUUCGGGGCUGGGGAAGGGGGGAGGGUGGGGAAAGUCUUACUGUUCUAAAUUAAUCGUCCGUUUCUCCAGAACGAGCUCUGGGGGAGAAUCAUCUUGUGUACACGAGUAGUAAGGACACAUGGCACUGUUGGUGAGAACUGUAGCUGUGUUUUUGAGCCUUGCCAGGAUGGUGUGAGCACCGUGCAUGUGUCUGCACGGUGCCUUACGCUGCCGUCUUGGGGUCGGGGAAAAAAAAAAGUACCUUGUGAUGAGUGGAAAGGCAUUAAAUAAAAACAUGUUUACAUUUUGGGGGACUAGA